AUGCUGCCGCCACAAAUCAACACGUUCGCGGCAAGGCGCCGGCUCCUCCAAGCCUUUCUGCUCGCGAGUUCCGUGCGCAACUCGCCGGUUCUACACGCCGCGGCCACGGGCGCGGGUGCCUUCAGCGCCUACGAGAUGGAGAUGGAGCGAGCGGAGCCCGGCAUGCCCGCGGCUCGUGUGGCUGCAGCGCUGGCGCGCGAUGAGGCCCUUCUUGCCAAGGGCGUCCUCCCGAUGUACCCAUUGCUCUCCGAGCGGAGAGACAUCGCCGCCCUGCUCGAGGACGAGGCUGCUUUUCGGGCGCGCAUCCUCGCUCGCCCAGGCGCAAGUUCGAGCUCCAAGCGGGGCCAGGCCGCGCGCACGCCAGCAUUGGCCACUCAGAUCACCAGGAUGGGCACCCAGAAGGUCGAGCCGCCGCCUCUUAGUCUCGGGGCUCUCGCUCUCGGCUACUUUGAGAGGCUGUCCACGGCGGCGGCCGACCCUACCGCCGUCAUGGCGGCGGCGCGCGAGUACCAGGCCGCAGCGCGGGAGGCGAACGCGCUGGCAGAGCUUGCCCAGCGCAACCGCGACAGCGCCGACUCGCCGCGCGUGGGCGAGUACCUACGAGGUAUGUGCGAGGCGACCCGGCGAUCGGCGGCGAGCCUCGACCGGGUGGUCGCCCUGCUGCCGGCGCAGCGGCAGCCGCUGUCCGCCGACGCCGUGGAUCGGCUGAUUGCGGCGGAGCAGGAGAGGACAGGGCGGCAGUGA